AUGGAGCUUCGACCCCGGAUCGGGGAGCUAAAACUUCGAGACGUCCCCAAGUGCGACUUACUGCGGCUAUUCACCGCUCCUGCCUACAAGGCGAAAUUCCCAUGGCACAUCCAAACUCUCUAUAUUGAACACGGCUCGUUCGAAAGACUGAACCUACCCUUCAACUUCUUCUCAGGAGUUUCUGCGUCUUUGCAGACUUUAACACUUAUCGGCGUCGAAAUUCCCGCCGGAAUGUUCUUGCCCUUCCUUGCAAACCUUUCCUAUCACGGGUAUCCCGUGCUUCCUCGCGCCACGCACGACGAUGAAUGCAACGGCAUGGAUCAUAUGCGCUUGCCUCCUGGCGAAGACCUCCACUUGAGGCAUCUCAGUAAGCUAUUGCCACGGAAACUCUCCAGCCUCGAAAGCUCGUUCCACCUGCCUCUUCUUGAGCGCCUUUGUAUACGCACAGAUUCACGGGAGUGCCUGCAGAUACUGUCACGUCUUCCUAUCCCAUUGUACACUUGUGUUGAGAUACAGAGCCGGGGAAUGUUGACACUCGAAGAUCCACCCAUCGCGAACUACUUUGAGGCAUAUCUCGUAAACACCAGCGGCUCCUAUCUCAUGUCUAUCUCAACCCAUCACCCUCAGAACCACCGUGAUAGGAGCGCGGUGAUGCAGCUUCACGAGGUGCAGGAUAUGUAUGAGGCAGAUGUCGAGGAGGUUGGGGGCGAGUUGAAUACCAGUGCCCCCUUUCUCAAGAUGAGUCUUGGUACGCUGUCUACGACAUCAAAACUGGAGAGAGCUCUCGCUCGUAUAUCUCCAAACUCUAUCUCUGGUCUCGAACUACACGCGAGCCUCUUGGACAAAUGGGAUCGAGAUACCGUCUGGAAGAUCUUCAACAAGUUCCAAUCCGUGACCUAUCUCCACCUUCUCGGAGAAGAGGCCAUGUACAUCUGUGCAGCUCUGAUCCCCAGAGAAAUCACUCCAGAUGGUCCUACUGUAGCGCCGGGAAGCGCUGCAAGUACCGUCCUAUUCCCGGAGCUGACAGAGCUACACUUCACCUGCGUGUCGUUCCCUCCGUGGGAGGCUGGGCACACCGUCGAGCCUUACGCCUCUUUGACCGGCAUAUUCUGGUCCCGUUGGGAAAAACUCGGGACGAUACUCCAGAGAAUGAUAUUAACGUCAUGUACGGGAUGGGAAGAACACGUGGAGAGAUGGCAAGAGUACGCUGUGGAUCCAAUAAUCGCCGAACCGACACAAGAGAGCAGCGAGCCAAGUCCCAGUGCUUCCGAGGGUGUUUGGGCGUGA